AUGGAGGUACCCCUCGCGUCAGCGUCCAAGUGCGAAUUGCGUUCUGUAAUACGUUUUUUGAGUGCGAAAAAGGUGACACCUAUUGAAAUCCAUCGUCAACUAGUUGAAGUUUACGGGGAAAAGUGUAUGGACAUAAAAAACGUGCGUAAGUGGAGCCGCGAGUUCAAUUCCGGGCGCACUAAUGUUCACGACGAGGAGAGAAGUGGCCGACCGUCGGUCUCGGAUGCGAUUGUUCAAGCAGUGGAGGCAGAAAUGAUCAAAAACCGCCGAGCGACAAUUAGGGACUUGGAAGAGAAGCUUGAAGGAGUGUGUAGCAGCGAAACAAUCCGUCAUAACCUUGUGAACAACUUGCAGAAGUUUGAAAGUGACGCGGAGGUUCAGAAAGAGGUCAACACCUGGCUGCGCGAGGCGGACGGAGAGUGGUAUUCUGCCGGCAUAGACAAGCUCAUCGUGCGGAUGCGCAAGGUGUUGGAAAAAAAUGGCGAUUAUGUAGAAAAGUAG